CAGAAGACACGGCUAGCUAGUGGCCCUCACGCAAAGGCAACCACAAUUUUUUUUGACAACAACGACGACAAUGUCCACUCUGUUAUCAUAGAAAUAAACACACUGCAACUGAACAUCAUUCCCUCACCUUUUCGGAUAUUUUGCCAUUCCAAACCAUGGAACAAUCAGCUCCCAAAAGCAAGCUGAAAAAGCUGAGUGAAGACAGUCUCACCAAACAACCAGAGGAAGUCUUUGACGUCCUGGAAAAACUUGGUGAAGGGUCUUAUGGCAGCGUGUUUAAAGCCAUCCACAAGGAGUCGGGACAGGUCGUGGCCAUCAAGCAAGUUCCCGUGGAGUCUGACUUGCAAGAGAUCAUCAAGGAGAUUUCCAUCAUGCAGCAAUGCGACAGUCCGUAUGUGGUGAAAUACUACGGCAGCUACUUUAAGAACACAGAUCUAUGGAUCGUCAUGGAGUAUUGCGGGGCUGGUUCGGUCUCUGACAUCAUCAGACUACGCAAUAAAACGCUAACAGAGGAUGAGAUUGCCACCAUUUUAAAAUCAACCCUCAAAGGUCUGGAAUACCUUCACUUUAUGAGGAAGAUUCACCGCGACAUCAAGGCUGGCAACAUUCUACUCAACACGGAAGGACACGCCAAGCUGGCUGACUUUGGAGUGGCUGGACAGCUAACGGACACUAUGGCGAAGAGGAACACUGUGAUUGGAACGCCUUUCUGGAUGGCACCAGAGGUGAUCCAGGAGAUUGGCUACAACUGCGUGGCCGACAUCUGGUCGCUGGGUAUCACGUCCAUCGAGAUGGCCGAGGGCAAACCCCCCUACGCCGACAUUCACCCCAUGAGAGCCAUCUUCAUGAUUCCCACCAACCCUCCGCCGACAUUCCGGAAACCAGAGUUGUGGUCGGACGACUUCACGGACUUUGUCAAGAAAUGUUUAGUGAAGAAUCCGGAACAGAGAGCCACCGCCACACAACUCCUACAGCAUCCUUUCAUCAGCCAGGCUAAGCCGGUCUCUAUUUUGAGGGACUUGAUCACCGAGGCUAUGGAGAUGAAGGCCAAGAGGCAGCAGGAGCAGCAGAGGGAACUUGAGGAAGAGGACGACAACUCUGAAGAGGAGACAGAAGUAGACUCUCACACCAUGGUGAAGUCUGGCUCGGAGGGCGCGGGCACCAUGCGCGCCACUGGGACCAUGAGCGAAGGAGCGCAGACUAUGAUUGAGCACGGCAACACCAUGCUGGAAUCCGACCUCGGUACUAUGGUCAUCAACAGCGAUGACGAAGAGGAUGAGGAGGAGCAGGGCUCAAUGAGGAGGCACGCCACACCACAGCAGCCACUGCGUCCGUCCUUCAUGGACUACUUUGACAAGCAGGACUCCAACAAGGUGGCGCAACACCAGCAGCAGCAGCAGCAGCAACAACAACAGCAGCAGCAUCAACACCAGCAACACCAGCAGGAAAACUACAACCACAACCAGCCUCAGGAGCAGCCAGGCUACCAUAUUCAGUCCAAGAACAUCUUCCCCGACAACUGGAAGGUGCCCCAAGAUGGAGACUUUGACUUUUUGAAGAACCUUGAUUUUGAGGAACUUCAGAUGCGCCUGACAGCCCUGGACCCCAUGAUGGAGCGCGAGAUCGAGGAGCUGCGUCAGCGUUACACGGCUAAACGCCAACCCAUUCUCGACGCUAUGGACGCCAAGAAGCGGCGACAGCAGAACUUUUAAACCUGGUGACACACACGCACACAUUCUAACAUUACACCUAAUAUAGUUCGAGGAGGAAGCAACAUGACCAAAGACAAUCAGACAUUGCGUUGCCUUAAAUGAGAACACGACCAGGCGGCGUUCUAAUAUGAAAAAAGUACGCCGAAAUUGACGAAUAUCACAGGACUUGUUUCAUGAACGGUUCAUUUGAGAUGAGCUUCGGUCUCAGUGCCUCGGAUUAGUCACAAAAGCUGCCGCGUUCACGUGAAGAAGCCACAAAACGGCCGCCGAUUAGCUUAAUAGAAGACCAGAACUUUUUUUUUAAUGCAAGCGCCUGAAACAUUUCCAGGUUUGACACGAAUGUUAACACACUUGAGAGCUGUUACACUAUUUAAAGACCUGCAGACAGACUUGUGUCUUUUUAAAUGUUUUUUUCUUAAGAGGUUUUCCGGACCAGAGCUCAAUUUCUUUUUUUAUUUAUUCUUCUCAUGUUUCUUUUAGUGACACUGGUUUGACUAUAGAAGCUAAUUUGGCUGUUUAUAUUUGUAACAAUAUGUUAACUAUGUUUUUUUGACUGUGUAAGCACAGGUUUAAGAGAAAGUGUACAGUACAUAGUUAGAUAAGCAGGUAUUAUUAUGAAUUGUUUACCUGAAAUUAUCCCUCUCCCCUCGCUUCAUUUCACCACUAAAUCAUUAUGAUGCCGACAGAUCUUUGUCUAAACGGGUUAAUUUAUUACUUUUUGUUUGUUUGUUUGUAAUAUUUUUUUUGUAUAAAGUGCAUGAAAUAAUAAAGAUACUUUUAGGUAACCACAGUUUCACUGCAUUUAUUUUUAUGUUUGAGGAAGGCCACAAUUUGGGAGCUGAACUUUGACCGCAUCGAUGCCCCGGAGUAACUGUUACUUUUUUAAUUGUUUUAUUAUUGCAAUUUUUUGGUGCACAUUUUAAAAUGGGGCGGGGGGAUUAUUAUUGCGUUGAUUGUUUUCAAUUUACUUGCACAUUGUAUUGUUUUUUUCACUGUGGUAAUUUUGCUGUUUUGUUUUUUUAUUGCACAUUUAUUACUAUUUUUGCCUUUUAUAUUUCAUUUUUAAAACUAAGUUGUUUUUUUUCCCACACACAUUUUUAUAUUCUUUUAAAUGCACACUUACAUUUAGUAUGUUUGCUUUUUUAAUUCACCUUUUUUCAUUUUUUUUUUCUUUUAUUAACCCUUUAACACCUAAGCCUAUUUUGGCCGAAUUUGCAUGCAUUUGAUGUUCCCUUUAUAUUUCAAAGAAAAAAUUGUUCACAAUGGCCAAGUUGACUCCCUUUUUAUAGGACACCUUGAACUUCAUGUCCAAACUGUUGUUUUCUUCACUGACCAAUUACAAUCCACAUUUUCGACCCUAAAAGACAAAUCCCAAAAUCUUUCUUCAAAAUUUGUAAUAUUGAUGUCCCAUUGACAACCAAACAUGCUCGACCAACCGUUUUGAAGCUUGAGAAUAUUUAUUCAGCUUGUUAGGAUAAACAUUGAAUGGAAAAAAAUAAGUUUGAAUAGUUAUAUGUUUGACAAUUCAACACAAACAGCAGGUAUGGUCAUAGGCGUUUUUGGCCUUUACACAUACUACGGUCAAAACAGGUUAUAUACAGUGCAAAAUAGUGAGAAAAAAAAUUAUAUGUCAUCUAACAGAAAAAGGGUUUUGAGGAUAUCUCUUUGUGAAGUUAGGUAUUGUACCCAUCUCCUUAUCAAAAGUAUAUACGUACAUGCAAUCAAGCUUCUCGAACACAGGUCUAUAUAAAAAUUGAAAAGAUUAUAGUGAAGAAAAAAUUUAUAUAACAUUGGAAAAAAAGUAUUUUCAAAAAUAUUAACAAGUAGAUCAGUUCAAUUCAAAAUCUUCAGGCAUGCGACACAAUAAAGUUUUUUUUGUUUUAUUUUUUGCGCUCCCAAUGAAGCUUCUUCUUGAACAGGUCACGGAGCUGCGUCACACACAACGUCACACAGCCUACUCUUUCUCCGUUUGUGCGCUGCUGUCACUUCUACUCGCCGAGACGCCGACUCAUCCGAGGAAAACGACAAAUACGGCUCAUCUUCUUCCUUGAGUUAAUAAAAUAAUGCAUUAGCUUGCGCUAAAUUUAGUUUUAGAUUCAUUUUGCACGUUUCAAAGUCGCUCGCUUAAUCCAACCGGCCGUUGCUUGCUUCGCAUGCCUCCCUUUCCUUGGUUGGCGCCUCGCUCGGAAAUUUAUUAAAAAUGUUCACAUUCGGUUCUUCCUUCUUGACAUCACAAUGGCUCUUGGGAUAUGUAGUCUUUUGUGCUGCUUUCAGUUUAGAAAAAGGACAAGAAAUGAUGGAAAUAUGGAGAUAGAUACAUGGUCCAUACAGCGUUUUAAUGCAUAUUUAUGAGUGCAACAAAACUAUAAAAUUCAAAUGACAUUAUCUCCCGUUUUUCUUGGUCGAUUGACUUCAAAUAAAAACUGGUGUGGACAUCAGCUUCCGCACUUUCAAAUGAGACCAACCAGCGGCACGUGGGUGACGUAAUUACAGCUUGACGAAGCUUCAAAGACCAUAUGCGUAAACGCGUAGCUGCCGACACGUUCUGUGUUAAAGGCUUAAUAUACAGUGGUACCUCUACAUAAGAAGUUAAUUCGUUCCAGGACCUUGUUUGUAAGUCGAAAUGGUCAUGUAUCGAGCAGGUUUUUACCAUAAGAAUACAUUAUAAUUCCAUUAAUUCGUUCCACAGCCAGAAAACCUUCACUAAAUCCUUAAUAAAUACUGCUGGUACUAUUGCAAAUAGCAAUUACAUGUAGCAAAAAAAUAAAUUAUGAAUAAAAAUCGGAAUAAUGAUGUAAUUAAUAGGAGUGGGAACCUCUUGGUACCUCACGAUACGAUACGAUUUGCGAUACAAAGCUCACGAUAACGAUGAUCUGACGAUAUGGCGAUACAAAGAUUAUCAAUACAUUGGUCAGGAAAUCAUUCUAAAAUAUUUUACAAUCAACUAAUAAACAGAAAAACAAGCUUCUGCUGUGAAUUGGAAUGAGUUUAUCACUAGUAGAUGUCCAAUCCAUUUGAACUGGGAGGGUGGCAGCGAAUGAACAUUCGUUCAUUUGCUGCCAUCCCUCCCACUUCAAAUGGAUUGAAUGUCUAUGACCGUCAUUGGCAGCCAAUGCCAGGCAAUGAGGUAAUUUUGGGCUAUUUAAGGUCAUUUACCUGUUGAUAUUAAGUUACUUCCUGUUGAUUUUGGGGUAUUUUACGGGUCACCUUCUGUUUAUUUUGCGUUACAGAACAGGAAGUGACCUGGGAAUCACCCAAAUAAAUAGGCAGUGACUCAAACUCAACAGGAAAUGACCUGUAAAUGCCCUGAAAAUCGGACAGAAUGACUGUGAAUGCUCUGGUUUCGAAUGAACGAACGUUCCCAGUCUAAAUGGAUUCGGCGUCGUGCACCGUCAAUGCGGCCUAAGAGUUAACUGAGACACUAUUAUGGUGGAAGAUUUUGGUAGCAACUUGUUAGUCCCUUUUUAUUUGAUUUUUUAGACUUUGACACCUUCUUAAAACGAUAUCUCGAUUCUUGGCAGGAGCUUAUUGAUAACCUUUUUUUGAUACAAAGUAUCACGAUACAGUGCCUUGCAAAAGUAUUCGGCCC